UAUGGAAAUAACAGCGACGGAUGAUAAUGAACUUGAUGUUGGUUCAGCAAGUGAUGAAAUGGAUACUGUUGAAACAAUUGUUAAACCAUCACCAAAACCAUUUACAAUUGAAAGUUUAAUUGGUAAUAGAGCUAAAAUUAUUGAUAAUAAGAAAAAAAAUAUUGUUGAUGAUAGUGAUGAUAAUUAUGAACGUAAAAAUAAUGAAUUUGAAAGAGGAAGAGAAUUUUUUUAUCAACAACAUUGUUUGGCGACGGCUACAAGUGCUUUACCUGGAUUUGCAAUGCCAUUAAGUUUUUACAGUACUUGGUUACCAAUGAGAAUGUAUGGAAGUGGAUCAGGUGGACCAAUACUACCACCUCAUCUAUCAGCAGCUUAUACAUCACCACAAAAUCAGGCUGCACAAUUAUCAAAUCAUUUUAAUUUUAGUCUCAAUAAUAUUCACAAUAAUGCAUACUUAGCUAAUCGUGAUCCACAACAAAAUAUUAUGACUGAUAGUGAUGACGAUGGAAGUUUAUCACCAGUACAAGAUCUAUCAAAAUCUCAACAUGGUUCAGAAAGUGGUAGAAUAUCAGCAGACAGUGAUGAUGAAGCAGUUAGUACAGAUGUUAAUGGACAAGUUACAACAAAUCAAUCAAAUACAUCUGGUAGUAAAGCAAGAAGAAGAAGAACAGCAUUUACAUCAGAACAAUUACUUGAACUUGAACGUGAAUUUCAUGCUAAAAAAUAUUUAAGUUUAACUGAACGUUCACAUAUUGCACAUGCAUUAAAAUUAUCUGAAGUACAAGUUAAAAUAUGGUUUCAAAAUCGUCGUGCUAAAUGGAAAAGAGUUAAAGCUGGUUUAACAACAAAUGGUGGAUCAAAUUCAUCACGUAAUAAUAAUGGUGGUAUUGGUGGUAAUAAUAAUGGUAAUGGUAAUAAUCAACAAGGUAAUAAUGGAACAAGAAUUGUUGUACCAAUACCAGUACAUGUUAGUAGACUUGCUGUACGUUCACAUCAUCAUCAUCUUGAAAAAUGUCCACCACAAUUAACACCAAAUAGACCAAAUGGUUUAACACCAAAUUUAUUAACAAUAUCUGGUAUACAACAACAAAUUGGUAGUGGUGGUGGCCUAUGUGCAUUUACUGCACCAAAAAAAUCAUCAACAACAAGAUAGCUAAUUUAGAUUAAUUUGUUUUUUUUUUUAUUUUUUUUUAUUUUUUCAAAU